AUGACGUUCUACGAAACCAAGAACAACCGCGCUCACGAGAGCAUCUCGAGCUUCAAGGAUCUGGAGAAUGCGCAAGAGCGAGGAUCAUACAAGUCGGAAGAGCUGCAUACCAUUGAGCCAGUUCCAGGGGAACCACCAUUAGCCAGCACCUUCUCGCACGGCGUUGCUGCGUCAAUACGAAGCGUCGAACCUGCUCCUGAUGGCGGACUACAAGCCUGGACGCAAGUCGCCAUGGCACAUCUCACGAUCUUCUCGACCUGGGGCUGGGUUACCUCAUAUGGUGUUUUCCAAGAAUACUACAGGACAUCCCUAGGCCUUGAUCCCUCGGCCAUCUCCUGGAUUGGCAGUGUCCAAAUAUUUCUACUUUUCUUCUUGGGAACAUUCAGUGGUCGCGCGCUAGAUGCUGGUCUCUUUCGCCCGGUCUACUUUGCGGGUACGAUAAUGCAGCUGCUUGGCAUCUUCUCCAUGUCGGCCGCGACAAAUUACUGGCAGUUGUUCUUGUCGCAAGGAUUGUGCAUUGGCAUUGCUGGCGGACUGCAGUUCUGCCCUGUCAUGUCGCUGGUCAGUACCUAUUUUGUCAAGAGGCGAUCAUUCGCUAUUGGCUUUGUUACCAUUGGCUCUUGUACCGGAGGUGUCGUCUUCCCAAUCGUUGUCCAACAACUUCUUCCGCGGAUUGGCUUUCCUUGGACCAUCCGGAUGUGCGGCUUCCUCAUGCUGUUCACGAAUAUCCUGACCAACCUUGUCUUUCGCACAAGAAUGCCGCCCCGUAAGACAGGACCCAUCAUUGAGUGGUCCUCGUUCAAAGAGUUGCCAUACGUACUAUAUUGCGCUGGGAUGUUCUUCAACUUCUGGGGUCUGUACUUUGCCUUUUUCUACGUCGGCAGCUAUGGUCGCAAUGUUAUUGGCAUGAGCUACCAUGACUCUAUCAAUCUCCUCUUGACUAUGGUCUCUAUUGGGUUUGUCUGGCGGAUUCUACCCAAUUACUUCGCAGAUCGUCUAGGAGCAGUCAAUGUCAUGUUGCCAUUCAGCAUGCUCUGCGGCGUGAUGUGUUAUGGAUGGAUUGGUGUCCACUCCAAGGCGUCCCUGUAUGUGUUCGCCGCCAUCUAUGGAUCUGGCUCGGCCGGUCUGCAGUCCAUGUUCCCAGCGGGUCUAUCCAGUCUGACAUCUGACUUGAAGAAGACGGGUGUAAGGAUGGGAAUGGGCUUCACGAUUGUUAGCUUUGCCUGUCUGACAGGACCACCAUUGGCCGGAGCCCUGAUCUCUCAUGACAACGGGCAUUACCUACCCGCGCAAAUAUGGGGUGGCUCGUCCUUCCUCCUGGGCUCAUCACUCUUGUUCGCAGCACGCACUGCAAAAGUCGGAUUACAUCUUAGACAGAAAGUAUAA